GGACUAAGGUACCACAGUUCCGGCGCCGGAAGAGAGUGAGUUGAUGACAGGCCCAGGGGUUGAGGGAAACACCGACCCUGGAGCCGGCAAGGGGACAGGAAUGCUCGCACUUCCAAGCACUUCACACAAAGGGCAAGCUGGACAGCAAGGCGGGUAUCUGGGGCCUGGGACCUCGGAUCGGGGGCGACAGGAAGUGGUGCCGAGGGCCAGGAUCUCGCCUCACAAUUUAACCUUUGGAUCACGUCACCGCCUGGUGAGGGCGGCUGAGCAAGGCGAGGGGACUUUGUGCAGCUGCCUGUGCCCAUCAUCCAGCAGCUCUACCACUGGGACUGCGGCCUAGCCUGCUCUAGGAUGGUGCUUCGAUACCUGGGCCAGCUGGACGAUGGAGAGUUUGAGAGUGCCCUGCAGGAGCUGCGCCUAACCAGAAGUAUCUGGACCAUUGAUCUGGCCUACUUGAUGCGCCACUUUGGUGUGAGGCACCGCUUCUGUACCCAGACCCUGGGCGUCGACAAGGGUUAUAAAAACCAGUCCUUUUACAGGAAGCACUUUGAUACAGAGGAAACCCGGGUGAACCAGCUGUUUGCAGAAGCUAAGGCCUGCAAGGUGCUUGUGGAAAAAUGCACAGUGAGUGUGCAGGACAUCCAGGCGCAUCUGGCGCAGGGCCAUGUGGCCAUCGUGCUCGUGAACUCAGGGGUGCUACACUGCGACCUGUGCUCUAGCCCCGUCAAGUACUGCUGCUUUGCACCCAGUGGCCAUCGCUGCUUCUGCCGUACCCCUGACUACCAGGGCCACUUCAUUGUUCUGCGUGGUUACAACAGGGCCACCGGCUGUAUUUUCUACAACAACCCAGCCUAUGCUGACCGAAUGUGCAGCACCAGUGUCAGUAACUUUGAGGAGGCCAGAACCAGCUACGGCACAGAUGAGGACAUCCUCUUUGUCUACCUGGACAGCUGACAGCAGGAGCCUGUUGUGCCCAGAUCCUUGGACCCCAACCCCCAACUUUAGCCAGACCUAAUCAGUAUGCCCAAGUUGGGGGCUGCUGGGGCUGGAAUGCAACACUGCAGCUUCAGCCUGUCUGACAAGGCUCUGGGGAACUCUGGGAACUGGCGUAGCUGCUUUGUCAGCUAGUGCUAUAUGUUGUCAUUUACCCCAAGCAUCUGGGGGCUCCUGAAGGCUUCUCCAGAGUUCUGAGGGGAGUCUCCCCCAGGAUGACAAGCCUAACUCCAACAAUGCCCAUUGGAAGUCUAGCUUCAAGGAUGCCCUUGUUGCCUUCUAGCCAGACCCAAGGUGAGGGGAGAGGCCUGAGGCAGUCUUCCCAUAGACCUUAGGACUGAGUCUUGGAGAGAGAAGUCACUUGAUCUGAUGCUACUCAUCAGGACAGCAUCUGCAUGUUUGGAAAGUGUAGCUGAAUUCAAGUCCCUAGAGCUGGAGCACUCCAAACCCAAUCUUCUGGAAGUGCUACAGAGCCCCCUGUAACCCAUGGUAGAUGCCAUUACUACCACCUCCUGCCUUCCAGUGGGCCCAAGUAUCUGACUGGUUAUGAGGCCACUGGCCCCUAUCAUGCAGUGUAGACACCUCAUAGCCAUUUGGCUCUGUAGGGAGGAAGGCCCUAGGGAGUGUGCUGGGCACCAGCAGAGAGUGUACCCCAGGAAUAAACAGCUACCUGGAUCCCAAAGAGCCCUCCUCACCCAUGAGGCCUCCUGACACCAGCCUAAAUCCCAAAAGGAGGGACCAUUUGUCCUCUGGGUGUGGGCAACCCCAGGUCUGUCGGAGCUAGGUGGUAGAGCCUCUACUUAUGAAGCAACGGGCAGGGGACAGUCUGUAGUCUCCAACCCACACUGGUUUUCAUGCCAGGACCUUUUGCACAGAAUGUUGGAUCUCUUCUGUCUUGACAGAGAAUGGUGAUGACUGCCCAGGAUCACACAGCACAGCAAGUAGCAUUGACUGGAGCUGGUUUCUUCCUUCAUUAUUUCCUUCUUUCCUCCCCUCACCCCUUUUUAAAUUUUUGUUGUUGUUGGGAGCAGAGGUGUUUUUUUUUAUUGAAAUUUAAGUUUUUACUUUUGCUGGGUGAUUAUCACCUUUAAGUAAGAAUAAUAGUGAGAUUGCAGGUACUUUGGAACCACUAACACCUCUUUUUUUCACAGGGCAGGUAAGCCAGCCAGAUUUCUUUUUUAAAGUCUGAGCACCAGGCCCCUUGCCUUACUUGAGGAGGAAGUUGGCCCAGGACAGUAGUAGAGCUGGGUCUUGAACUCAAGAGCCCUUCAUGGCUGCCUCUGGCAAAAAGACAGGGAUACCCUGACAGCCCCACCAUCCCUGCACUCCUAGGGCUUGGUCUUCCAGUGCCCAAGGUGUGACGUGGUGGCAGCUGCUUCUCAGGUGUGACGUGGUGGCAGCUGCUUCUCCCACACCGACUCUAGCUGGCCCCUCCCUCACCAUGGUAGUUCUGAGGGGUGGAGGAAGAGUCUGCUUACCAGUUCUGUGAGACCACCCAGCCACCUUGCUCCUUAACACCAGACAGCUUUGGGCCGAGAGGGUAGCACUAUUUGCAAGGCAGCCAUCCUGGGUUUCAGAGACUGGUGUUGGCUUUAGUCUGGUCUCAUUUCUAUUGCCUUAAUGCUGGGUGUCCCAAGGUCCUAGGGAACUCUGGCUCCAAGCUCAGGAGUACCAUACACAGCAGCUGUGGGGUAUGGGUGUCCUCAGGAGAGGUUUAGGUAAAAUUGUGGUGAGAAUAGCUGAAUGAAGGAAACCGAUGGGAAGAAGUUAAGUUUUCAUGAUGACUGCAUAUGAAUGAGGAAUAGCACACAUGGUGGUGAGCUGUUAUGGGGAUUAUCCUUCACAGAAAGUGAUCACAGCACCUCAUCCAUCCGGGACAUGCUCAGUCUCUGGGCUCAGACAAUGGCUUCUCAGGGUAAGUCACAUGUUAGAGGUCACCUGUCUGUAAGAUUAACAAGUUGUUUGUCCCCAAGACCAGUCUCUCUGAGGAAGGUCACGGAGGCAGGACAUCAGCUACACUGUGUUGCAUUCUUGCACAAGUCAUGACAUUGGGGCUGAGAAAAGAGCCUGGACAUCAGGGACGUUGCCCACAGCACGUGGCACCCACAAUUGCCCAGCCUGUUCUCAUGCUUCAGCCCAAUGCAGCUUCUGAAGCCAGUGGAACAGUAGGCAGCUUUGUUCACUCUAGCUGCAGGGGGACGAAAGGGAUCUUUUGCAUUGCAGAGAUUUUUAUACAUAAAUAUAUUUUGUUUGUAAUGAGCCAUUCUCAAUAAACAUUAUUCUCACUGCACA